ACAGACGGACGGACAGAUGGAUGGAUGGACAGACGGACGGACGGACGGAUGGAUGGAUGGAGGGAUGGAUGGAUGGAUGGAUGGAUUAAAGGAUGGAUUAAAGGAUAGACAGAGGUGAGGCUGGAUGAAAGGAUGGACAGAUGGACAAACGGACACAAACUCAAGCCCAUCUUGACCGAAGCCUUUCCUCCCUUCUGGUUGCUCCUUAAUCUGGAUUUUGGGACUCUCUCAUUGCAGCCCCUGCAGCUCCACAUCCCCACCUGACUCCCUCACAGGUGAAACUCUCCUCCUCCACCCCAAACAAAUCUUUGUGGGGUCAACCAGGUCUAAAAAUAAUUUUUUAAAAAGCCCCAAACCCCCCCGAACUCCUUGACCGAGGCUCCCUUGGCACCGGGAGCGUUCCCCUGACAUCCGGGCUGCAGCCGGAGCAUCUGUGCCGGAGGGCUCGGGGUGGCGGUGGGGAGGGAGAGAGGAAAUCUGGAACCCAUAAGCUCCAGAGCCUCCGACGUUCCCCUGCAUUGGCCUGAGCCUGGUCCGCCCCCGCUUCGCUCGCCCUAUCAGCAGGAGCCGCUCCCGAAGUCAUCCCAGCGCCCUCCUCUCUCCUGGCCCAAAGGAGAAGCCAAAGGAGCUCCUUGGAGAGCUCUGAGAAGCUUGGGGCGCUCCUUGGGGAACCCCGAGGGCGAAUGCUCCGAGCCGCACCUCGGGAAGCACCACCACCUCCUCCUCCUCCUCAUCAACCCGAAGAACCGAGGAGAUGAAGGAAGAAAACAUUUCCCCGGAUUCCCCGGACGGCAGCGCGGCCACCAGCGAAGACGAAGCCGAGCAGUUGCCCAAAAAAUCCGGCCGCAAACGAAGCGGGCAAAUCCUUGGAGGAGCUUCCUCGCCCCAGGGCAAGCGCAGCCGGAGCUGCCCGGUCCAGCAGCCCCCCGAGGAUGCCCACGCCCAGCGGGUCAUCGCCAACGUGCGGGAGCGCCAGCGCACCCAGUCCCUCAACGACGCCUUCGCCGAGCUGCGCAAAAUCAUCCCCACUCUGCCCUCGGAUAAACUCAGCAAAAUCCAGACUCUCAAAUUGGCCGCUCGCUACAUCGAUUUCCUGUGCCAGGUUCUGCAAAGCGACGAGCUGGACCACAAGGUUGCCACCAGUUGUAAUUUCCUAGCCCAUGAGAGGCUCAGCUACGCCUUCUCCGUGUGGAGGAUGGAGGGCGCCUGGUCCAUGUCGGCGUCUCACUGA